AAGGUAAACAUACAUCUCCAUACCUGAUGGACGGAGUGGAUCUUGUUAAAGUUUCAUCCACGUGGCUAUCUGUGCGCGACGAACCCAGCACAUAUCAUUCAAAAAGACUAAUGACAACAAAACCCUCGAUAUUACAGCAAUUAACUACCUGAAUUCAAGCUCCCAAACGCGUUUUUCAAACCAAGCGUCGCGUUGAGAAUUUCCGUUUUUGUUAUCAAUCGCUCAUCUCUAACGAACUCCUUUCACCCAUCAACGCCCGAUCGAACAGAGCGAAAAAAAAAAGAAAAAGAAAAAAAAUCCUCCUCUCUCUUCCUCUGUUCUUCGUUCUCUCUAUCUGGUUCAAUUCAAACAGAUCCAGUAAAAGAAAAUUCAAUGAAAGAAACAUGGGAUAGAUAUAGAACAAUCACCUAAGAGGAGAAGAAAACCCAGAAAUCGUUUUCCUGUUCUUUGGGCGUACAGGAAAACAUGUUCUAUUCUCUCCCUUCCCCUGUUUUCCUGUACGCUCCGAUCAAACCUUCUUCGUUCUUCUUUCUCUCACCUCCUCCUUCCAUUUCCUCAAAAGGGUCUUUCUCUCUAGCAAUGAGAACCAAUACCCACAUCUUAAUUUCUCUCAUUUUGCUCUUCAACAUCUUCAAUGGAUCCAACAGCGUCUCCCCAUCAUCGGAUUCCAUUCUCUUGUCUUGCGGGGAUUCAUCCGAUGAUGUUGACGCUGAUGGUCGGAAAUGGUCUGGCGAUUCCAACUCCAAGUUUCUUGUCUCUUCGGACAAUUCACAACCCUUCAAGGCCAAAUUCCAAGACCCUUCUCUGCCUUCACAAAUCCCCUACAUGAUGGCCAGAGUCUUCUCAAAGGAAUCGGCAUACGAGUUUCCAGUCUCAGCAGGAAAGCGGUAUUGGCUCCGUCUCUAUUUCUACCCAUCUUCAUACAGCGGCCUAAAUUCCACCGACUCGUAUUUCGCUGUUGUUGCAGAUGGGGUUACGAUCCUUCGCAAUUUCAGCGCAGCCAUUACAGCACAAGCUCUCACACAGGCCUACAUAAUCAGAGAAUUCUCUUUGAUUCCCAUCUCCAAUAAUCUAAACCUUAUGUUCACACCUUCCGAUGAACACAACGGUUCUUAUGCUUUCAUCAAUGGAAUUGAGGUAAUUCCGAUACCCGACAUCUUCAACUCACCUGCAACACUGGUGGGGUUCUCUGAUCAGACCAUUGAUGUUGGGGCCUCAACCAUACAGACUAUGUACCGACUAAAUGUCGGUGGACAAUAUAUACCGGCAAGUAACGAUUCUGGCCUCAGUCGGACAUGGUAUGAUGACUCGCCGUAUUUAUAUGGCGCUGCAUUUGGUGUCACAUUUUCCGAUAGUGAGAAGGUUAAAAUCAAAUAUCCAAAGACAAUGCCUGCGUAUAUUGCUCCGAUCAAUGUUUACAGAACAGCAAGAUCGAUGGGACCCGAUUCGAAGAUCAACAUGAACUAUAAUCUCACUUGGACCUUUCAAGUUGAUGGGAAUUUCAUGUAUGUGGUUAGAUUCCACUUCUGUGAGCUGCAAUUGAACAAGAUUAACCAGAGAGUUUUCGAUAUUUUCCUAAACAAUGAGACAGCACAGGAUGGUGCUGAUGUUAUUGCAUGGUCGGGGUCGCAGGCCGUGCCGGUUUACAAGGACUAUGCAGUGUAUGUUAAUGAUGGGCCCGGCGAUGAUCAGUUAUGGGUGGCAUUACACCCAUCUGCCGAAGAAAAGCCUGAAUUCUAUGAUUCGAUCCUCAAUGGGUUGGAGAUCUUCAAGCUGAAUGAUACAACUGGGAACUUGGCGGGGCCCAACCCGGUGCCAACGCCUAUGCUUCUUGCGGCAGAAGCUUCUGUGCUGAUAGCUGGCAACCUGGGAAAAUCCAAAGGGAGGGCCCAAAUGAUCAUUGCCAUUGCUGGAGUGGCCGCUGCUGUUUGUUUAGUGCUUGCCAUUGGUGUUGCGGUCUACCAACGUCAGAAUGUCCCCGACAGGGAGUAUGGUGGCACAUCGGGCUGGUUUCCAAUCUAUGGCAGAUCGAGCUCACACAGCACUACUAGCAAGUCGACAAUCUCAGGCAAGAGCUGUACCAGUAGUCACCUGUCUUCCUUGGCUGUUAGCCUUUGCCGGCAUUUCUCUUUCGCCGAGAUAAAACAGGGCACGAAGAACUUCGAUGAGUCCCUUGUUAUUGGAGUGGGAGGCUUCGGGAAGGUCUAUCGAGGAGUUAUUGAUGGAGGGACGAAGGUAGCUAUAAAAAGAGCAAACCCAUCUUCAGAACAAGGUAUUCAUGAGUUCCAGACUGAGAUUGAGAUGCUUUCCAAGCUAAGGCAUCGGCAUUUGGUUUCUUUGAUCGGUUACUGCGAUGAAAACGAUGAGAUGAUCUUGGUUUAUGACUACAUGGCCCGUGGGACUCUGAGGGAACAUCUUUAUAAGACCAAAGCGCCGCCGCUCUCAUGGAAGCAGAGGUUGGAGAUUUGCAUUGGAGCAGCGAGGGGACUUCACUACCUUCACACAGGCGCCAAGUAUACAAUCAUUCAUCGAGAUGUGAAAACCACUAACAUUCUCGUCGAUGAGAAAUGGGUUGCUAAGGUAUCCGAUUUUGGGCUAUCCAAAACAGGCCCGACCAUCGAUCAAACCCAUGUUAGUACAGUGGUGAAAGGAAGCUUUGGGUAUUUAGAUCCCGAGUACUUCAGAAGACAGCAGCUGACGGAAAAAUCCGAUGUGUACUCGUUCGGUGUGGUUCUCUUCGAAGUCUUGCUCGCGAGGCCUGCGCUCAAUCCAAGCCUUCCAAAGGAACAGGUCAGUCUCGCGGACUGGGCCCUACACUGCCAGAGGAAGGGAACUCUCGAGGCAAUCAUCGAUCCUCAUCUCAAGGGCAAGAUCAAUCCAGAGUGCCUGAAAAAGUUUGCAGAGACAGCAGAGAAAUGCCUGUCUGAUCAGGGUGUGGAGAGACCGCCAAUGGGGGAUGUCUUGUGGAAUCUCGAAUUCGCACUUCAGCUGCAGGAGAGCACCGAUGGUGCGAUCCUGAUGACAAAUGGGGCCGCUAACUUCUCGGAAAACAACAAUUCAGGCAGCCACAGAAGCAACUUGAGCAUUGGGGGCGAGAGCGAGGUGAGCGAGGUUUCGGAUCUAAAUACAAAUGCAGUGUUCUCACAACUCAUCAAUCCAAAGGGGCGGUAAGGAUGUUCUAGGCCUGGCCAGCCGGCCGAUCUCAAAUGAUUGUUCAAGAUGGCACAGGUGACAUGUCUGUAAGCCACUUGAAUCAGAUAGGCUGAUGAUGGCAACGUACUUUAAGCAAUAAAAUGUAAGUUUUUUCAGAUGAUGGUUUUACUGGUCAAAAUGUGUUUCUCUUUCAGAGUAUAUAUCAGACAGGUUCUUGAAACUGAUAGAUAGUUGUAUCAUAGAGAGAUUCAAUACAACUACUAACUUCAUGUUUUGACUGUUUUUUUUUUUUCAAAUUUAAUUGAAGUUUGUCUAAGUCCUUCUUA